AUGAGCAACAUAUCGCUGGCAGUAUCAGCAUGCCGAACGAGUCGGCUACUACCCCAGAAGAAGCCGUCCAUAGCACCCAAGUUUCUGGGACUGAGUUACCGACCGGAUCUGCAACUCCAAACGUUCGGCCAGAAGCAUUACGGUAAUGCUUUGUCGCAGGUUGCCUCCUGGGCUGGUACUGGUGCUGGAUCCUCUGAUCUUGAUUCCGUCCUGGCAGCUCUUGUACUGUUUUGUGUUUAUGAGUCUGCGAUGGGCAACUUCACAGCGUUUGGCCUGCACUCAAAAGGGGUAUCCGACCUCAUGCAAGCUCACAAGGAGCGCAUCAUUCAAACAGCGUACGGACCAGAGUUGGUUGCCGCUUGGUUGCAGGCGCGGAUGCAAAAUUGGUGGCGGCGAUUUCAUUUCAGCCGACCUUUAUUUCAGAAAAACCGCCUGCCUAUUUCUGUGCAGCCGGACUUAGAAGCGCUGCUGAAGAGUGACACGAACAGGAGGGUUUCCAUCCUCUUAAUUCUAUGUGAAUCUUUGAAUUUGACCUCUAUGGCUGCCUUGAAAUACUGGGAAGAGUUGUCGGAUGCAGUUCACGACGAGGAUCAGCAUGCUGAGGAUGGAGACAACACGAUUUCACGACACUACCCUGGACUUGCGACAUGUACAGCACUUCUCGAAAUCCAGGCUAAUAAGCUAGCUGCUUGGAGAUCGCAACUGACGUCGUUUGAGAUCUCAAUCGAACCAUAUGGGACACCCAGCAGUCCCAGCGUGAUGACCGACUCUUUAUUGGACAUACAGCCUCUGUAUUUCGAGUCGCAUACCACGACGAUGAACUAUGCCUACUACAUCGCUUCAACCAUCAUUCAACGCGCUUAUCCUUUUCGCCUGGAUAUUAUAGCCUCCGAGUUCUACCGCAGGGACGUGGAGCUUUGGAUCCUUUUGAUGCUACGAAUCGCAUCAGGUAUCAACUGGGAUCUCUGUGUUCGUCAUAACAUUUACACAGUCGGCUUCUCGAGUUUAAUGCUGAUAUGCGGUAUUCGGACUCGUAAAUUAGAGGUCGGGCUUUGGAUAG